UGUCUCAACAAUAGAUGACUCAAGAGCAUCAUUUAAAUACACAAUUUUUCUUUCUCUUUUUAUGUUAAAUUUCUUCAUACUCAACGUUAGGAUUCCUUAACAUCCAGCUCAGCUUCAAUGACCCAGCACCGUUCUUCCUGAACAAGCACACCGCGUCUUCUCUGCGUUGAUCCUGGAACAUCAUUUCUCAUGGCAGUGUCUCAGACCACUCGCUGGAGGUUGAUUUGUGGGACCUUAGGAGUCAUAUGCCUUUUGUUGAUGGCCACUUUGGGAUUUUUGUUGAAAUUUUAUUCUGAGCCAACGUCCUCUCCAGGACUCGAUAUAGAACUCCAGGAAGCUUUUGUCAUCUUUCUGGGAUAUAAUAUGAAACCGGCUUUUAUGCACUCCAGUCAACACUUUUACUGGAUUGGACUCUCCUACAAUGAAGAAAGUGGGGACUGGAGGUGGGAGAAUGGCUCUGCUGUUUCCUGGGAUCUAUUUUCAUCAUUUGAAACUCUUGAUAAAAAGAACUGCAUAGCAUAUAAGCCAAUGAACGGUGCUAUGGAUGAACCAUGUGAAAGAGAAAAUCAUUACAUCUGUAAACAACAGCUUAUUUAA